AUCAGCGCGUUGAUUCCACGCGUAUAUGGUUAAAGAAAAAAGUGUUGUUUUCUUUGACAUCUUCUUCUCUCUCUCCUUGUUCCUCGGAGAAAACAUGUUUGUUUCCGAUAACAAUCCUUCACGGGACAUGAACAUGAUGAUAGAUGUUACAUCAUCAAACGGAGAUCUACCGCUACAACAACAACAUCACCAGAUCAUCCUCGGUGAUAGCAGUGGAGGAGAGGAUCAUGAGAUCAUCAAAGCACCAAAGAAACGAGCAGAGACUUGGGCACAAGACGAGACUCGAUGCUUAAUCUCGUUACGGAGAGAAAUGGACAAUCUUUUCAACACAUCUAAAUCUAACAAACAUCUUUGGGAACAGAUUUCGAGCAAAAUGAGAGAGAAAGGGUUUGAUCGAUCACCAACUAUGUGUACGGACAAGUGGAGGAACAUAUUGAAAGAGUUUAAGAAAGCUAAGUAUCAAGAUGAUGAUAAAGCAACAAGUGGAGGAUCAACGAAGAUGUCUUAUUACAAAGAGAUUGAAGACAUUUUUGCAGAAAGAAACAAGAAAGUGGCAUUGUAUAAGAGUCCUUCGACUACUACUCCACCAUCUUCGGCUAAAGUUGAUUCCUUUAUGCAAUUUACUGAUAAAGGUUUUGAAGAUACUGGUAUUUCAUUUACAUCUGUUGAAGCUAAUGGCAGGCCAACGCUAAAUCUUGAAACGCAGCUCGAUCACGAUGGUCUUCCUCUCCCCAUUGCUGCUGACCCCGUCACGGCAAAUGGAGUUCCUCCUUGGAGUUGGAGAGACACCGCUGGAAAUGCAGGGGGUGAUGGUCAGCCAUUUGUUGGGAGGAUCAUAACAGUAAAAUUUGGAGAUUAUACAAGAAGAUUUGGGAUUGAUGGUGCUGCUGAAGCAAUCAAGGAAGCUAUCAGAUCCGCGUUUAGAUUAAGAACAAGGCGAGCUUUUUGGCUAGAAGAUGAAGAACAGGUUAUUCGCUCUCUUGACCGUGACAUGCCUUUAGGGAACUAUACACUCCGCGUUGAUGAAGGGAUAGCCGUUAGAGUGUGCCACUAUGAUGAAUCUGAUCCGUUACCGGUCCAUCAAGAGGAGAAGAUAUUCUAUACUGAAGAAGAUUACCGAGAUUUCUUGGCUCGGCGAGGCUGGACAUGUCUGAGAGAGAUUGACGCGUUUCGUAACAUAGACAAUAUGGACGAUCUUCAGUCGGGUGUCUUAUACCGAGGAAUGAGAUGAGAAAACGGGUCUACAGAAGGCUAGAAGAAACCUUUAUUUUUCAUGUCACUGUAAAUACACCUUCCAUCUUUGU